AUGACUCAACUUUGGGUCGGUAACACUGUAAUUUGGAAAGAUGAGGAAUCACUUAUGAGUGAUGUCAAGCAAAUGACAGGAAAGCAACCUAAAUCUUGCUGGUUUGCAAAGGAUAAAAGCACAGGAACUCAUUUAAAUUACGGUUUUCUUGUUUUCGCUUCGAAAAAUAAUGCAGCUGAAGUAAUCCGUCUUCUCAAUGGUACAGAGGUCCCGAAUAGCAACGGAAACAAGUUCAAACUUGGUUGGGGAAAUACAACUUUUGAAUCCGACGCAGAUACGAUUGCAAAAGCAGAAGGCUUUUCAUGUUACGUUGGUGGAUUGCCAUCUAGUGUUAAAGAAAGCGAGUUAUUAGAGUUUUUCAAAAGAUAUUUUCCAAACGCAAUAAAUGCGAGACUUAUUCGCGACGAAAAAGGAAAUUCGAAAGGAUACGGUUUUAUUAAGUUUAAUAAGCAUCAAGAAGUGAUUGACGCCAUCCAAACUUUGAAUAAUGUUAAUUUUAAGGGCCAUCCGCUAAAAGUAAAGGAAGGAACACAGAACAGAGUUAGUACAAACGAAAACAACUCCCUAGAUGUCAAAAAUACUACUCUUUUUAUUACAAAUAUUGAUCCGGACGUUGUCAAAGAAGAGACACUUUUACAGAACUUCCAUCAAUACGGCAAUGUUCUAAGUGUUAAAAUCGAUCCAAACAAUCAAUCUUGGGCAACAGUUGUCAUGGAAACUCAUACAUCAGCAGAAAGUGCCAAAAACGCGCUUUCUGGAUCCCAAUUUGGUGGCACAACAAAAGCUGUUAUCGAAUGGGGUAAAGCAAUUGAUGAUGCACCUGAUACAAAACAAACAAUUGUAGUUCCUAUUUUAAAUCCACCAAAAAUCAGUAAAAAGAAGCAAGCUGCUUUCUUCAAUGAAGAAAAUACCAAUAAAGUUGUCAAUAUUAUGAGGAUUUUCUCAGAACAAAAUAGACAAAAACCACUUGAAAAAUCUAACCCGAUUAUCGCAAAUAGAAUGGCUGCUUCAUCAAGCUUAGACUUAUCUCUUCAAUAUGAAUCGCGUUUAUACAGUCAAAAUGUUCCUGAAGAAGCAAAAUUCUGGUAUUAUUAA